CUUACAGAGGAACUAGUUAUUAAAGGUAGUCCUAAAGGUAUGACCUAUCGGUUUUUCAUAAUUUUGCUGAUGAUGAUAAGAGGUGUGCAGCAAUACGACCACAAAGGCCUGUCUGCUUUUUAUAUACAUAGAUGUGCUAGUACCUACAUCAUUUGAAUUCAUGUCUUACGAGGAGCAAAAUUGAAAAUGGUAAAAAAAGUUACGAAUUUCGCGAGAAACAACUUGCGCGUUACGCACGUCUUAUAUAAACAUAAAUCGAUAGAACUUAACAUGCGCGUCGUCUACGGAGUUCAUUUCGUUCGGGCCAUGUGCAAACAAUGGUCGUUAUCUUUGCUGGCGAUUCCCUAACGACAUAAACCAACCAAAUGUUUGAUAGAACAAAGAAAUGUAAACUCUCGCAUAAGAUGAUGAUACGCCUUAAUAAUUUUUUGUACGUUUUUAAUUUGCGCCAAGGUACAAUUCUGAUUGCCGUCCAUCAGAUUGCGCUUUCUUCGUUUAUUUUGAUAAUCUUAUUGGUUGGCAUAUCUCACGUUGGAGAAAUGUUAAACAUGCUACACAACGACAUGGAAGAUGAUGCAGAAAGGCGAGGAUUUUAUGAAGUAGCUUACGGCGAUAAGCUCACUUUUCAUGAAGGCGAAGUUACAAGCAGAAACAAUCAGCGGCGUUUUGCGAAAGCUCAGCAUCUUGCUUCAGUUACAGUGAUAUUCCUGUAUACAAGCACCAUCUUGACCUCGAUAUACCUAAUGUGUUGUAUCUCACUGCUGCAUGGCGCAGUUAAGUACAAACGCGAGUAUGUUCUGCCCUGGAUAAUGGCGGCUUGUGUCGGAGUCGUGUUGCUGAUCGUUGCCAUAGUAGUAGGGGAUGGAUACCCUUGUAUUGUUAAUUUGUUUGGAAGUCAUAACUUUUACCAUUUUGGUUGCGCUCUGUUUGUGCUGACCUUCAUCUAUGCUAUUUGCGCAGUGAGCAGCUUCGCAUUAGAAACGGGCAGCGGGCGAUGUGCUCGAUCUAAUCUGGCCAACAGCGACGAGCGUGGAGAACGCCUAUUGUUACUCGAUCAUGCUGCACACUCAAGCCUGCUUUCUGCCGCACAACUCAAUAAACUCUCAACUGGAACGCGAUCGCAAUUCGUCUAAUUCGUGCUUUUAUAAAACACCAAUUUUCAGAGGUUGAAAAUCUAGCAUUUUAGAAAAUAAAAUAAUAUACAAAUAUGUUAAAACAGGGAUGAUUGCAAAUUGAAAUUAUUUGAGUCAUAGAGAACUUUUAUUAACAUUAAAUUGGAUGCUAAUUGAAUUUCAUUAAAAAAAAGUCGAACCAUUUUUUUUUAAUUUCCAAAGUCAACAUAUAUUGAAGUUUAUUUUAAAAAUGACUUCCCACUAAUAAAAUAUCUUUAAUUCAGAAUAAUUUUAAAAUUAUUACAGUUUCGUUAUCCCUGUUAAAGAUUUCAGUCGCAGGCCAUAAUCUCUUGAAAUAUGAGUUUUAUGUACGUAGUAACUGACGUAAUGUUAAUUACUUUAAAGUGAAAUUAAAUUCCAGAGUACUUUAUUUAGUUAUACUUUUGCCGACCUAAUACUCAUAAAUAGCCACAUUUGUUUGUUAAAAACAUAACAAAAAAAAUAUUUUAUUAAACUAUCAAAUAGUAUGGCUUCAUAAGCAAGCAGUGCCCUAAUAAUACAGAUACAAAUUUUAUGAACAUUAUUUUCUAUUUAAAGCUGUUUACAUAAAUUAAUGUUAAUGUAAUAGUUCAUUUUAAUUUAGGAUAUUUAAAACAAUAUUAACCUGCAAAAGAGCACAAAUGGUGGACUAAUUUCUAUUGAUAAAUUUAUUUUUGGUAUGGCUUUAUAAAUAUUAAAGAAAAUAAUUGUAACUUUCAAGUUAUGAAAUAUUUUAUUAUUGCAAGUGCAACAUGUAAUUGUCAUGUUUGGUUACUGUUAUGGUCUAUUCAAAAUGCUACAGCAAAAAUAAAAGUAAAUUAUUUUAU